AUGAAGAAUGGCAAUAAACCAUUUGUCUUCCAAAAAAGAAGCAACUCAAUCAAGACUUCAAACAUCGAGGCCUUGUUCAGACUCCAAACAUCGUUAGCAGCUAACCGAAUCACAGCAAUCAAAGCUAACCGAAUCACAGCGUUAAUGCUAGUAGAACAAUUAUCAGCCGGUUCGCAGGAAGUGAAGGCUGUCGCAGCCCGUGAACUCCGAUUAAUGGCAAAAAUCGAGAAGGAGAAUAGGUCUUUCAUUGCAGAGGGUGGAGCAAUCCCAACUCUCUACCGGCUUUUCCGGUCUACAAAUCCAGUUGCUCAAGAGAAUGCCCUGACUGCAAUAUUGAACAUAUCUAUUCAUGAUGAAAACAAGAGAAAGAUUAUGGAGGAGAAUGGUUGUUUGGAAUUAAUAGUAUAUGUUCUGAGAUAUGGGUUAACUACUGAGGCAAGGGAGAAUGCAGCUGCUACAUUGUUCAGCCUCUCUGCUGUCCAUGACUUCAAGAAGAUGAUUAUGGAUGAGCAUGGUGCUGUUGCAGCACUAGCUGAUUUUCUGAUGCAGGGAAGCCCAAGGGGAAAGAAAGAUGCAGUGAUGGCCUUGUUUAAUCUUUCGACCCAUCCUGAGAGCUGGUCCCAAAUGUUGAAUAUGGGAGCAGUUUCAGCCCUGGCGAGAGCUUUGAGAGAUGAAAUUGUUGCUGAGGAGGCUGCUGGAGCUCUGACAUUGCUUAUGAGGCAUCACAUUCUGGCGCAGACAAUUGCAAGUGAGGAUACUGCAAUCACAAAUCUAGUAGGGUUAAUGAAAAGGGGCACCCCUAAGGCAAAGGAGAAUGCAAUUGCAGCUUUGCAAGAAAUGUGCAGACGUGGAGGAUUAAAUGUGAUACAGAAUGUAGCUAAGAUGCCAAUGUUUAGUGGUUUAAUUCAGACCAUCUUGCUCUGACAUUGUUUACCU